AUGUCCACGACAUUGGAGCAGUAUUAUGCAACAAAUUACACAAAAUGUAAUCUACCCUAUAACAUUCUUGCCACGUGGCAAGCAGUUGCCUAUCCAAUACACAUUAUUCAAUUUUUCUCUUUGCCUUUUCAAGUCCUGGCGUUCUACAUUAUUAUGACGAAGACCCCGCCUAGAAUGAAACCAUUGCAAUUACCACUUUUUCUGAACCACCUAUUCGGUGGGCUACUGGAUGUCUGCUUUUGCUCAUUUUCUACGUUAUUCUUUUUCGAGCCAAUGAUGGCGUUUGCGACCGUUGGUGUGUUCAACUGGUUAGGUUUGUCAUUUGUUUAUCAGGGAGUUCUUGGAGCAGCAAUGGCUAGUGGUGUUGCCGGCUCAUACGUCUUUCUAUUCGAAAGCCGUAGUAGCUCUCUACUCGAAAACCGAUUCAGAAUACAUCGAAAAUCAUCUAGUUUCUUAUAUUACACCUAUUUUUUUGCUCCUUACAUAGCGGUACUAGUUGCCAUAUAUAACGUUGCUGAAGAAUCGGAUGCUGCAAAGUUGCGGGCUCUGGAAGUUUAUCCUUGCCCUACACCCGAGUUUUUUAUGUUCUCAGUUUGUGUAUUCGUCGGAAACCCAAGUAACAUGUUUCUAAUUUUUGCUUUCUUGUUGUUGCAAGCUACUGGAAACAUUAUAUUUCACGUCGCAUGUCUUGUAUAUUACUUAUAUGUUGCGCCACCAAGCACACUGUCUCAAGCUACAAAGCGUGAUCAAAGAACAUUUUUGAUAUCUGUAUCAAUACAGACAUCAAUUCCACUUUUUGUUAUAAUCGCACCUGCUAUGGCGGUUUUGUUAGCAUCGUGGACGGGAACUUAUCGUCAAGAAUGGAUGAAUUUGUCUAACGUUUGUAUUGCAACUCAUGGGCUUGCUGAAAGCAUUUCAAUCAUGUUGGUACACAAGCCCUAUCGAGCAGCCAUUAGGAGAAUACUCGGAACAGGAAAUACAAUCGCCAACCAUAGAAGUGUUGAAUUAUAUUAA